CAGAGGAGAUGAAGCCUGUAAUAGGAUCAGAGCGCGAAGGUACAGCUCAGCAGAUCAUCGUUAGCGCGGCUGCAUUUUAUUUUAUGUCAGAGGAAAUGCGAGGUCGCAGCAGAUGAGAUAAUUAGAUAAUUCACUAUACGUGACCACCUGGACAAAUGCAUUUAAAGAGCUCCGAGCAGAAAUAUGGUCUGAAAUGUAUCCCGGCUUCUCAUUAAUGGAAGGAGGCAUCUGGGAGGUUAGUGCUAUCUGAUAUAAUCUAUGAGAUCAGCUCUGCAGCCAUCUGCUGGGAGCAGCCAUGUCUGAUAUAAGAAGGGGGGUCCAGGAAAGAAUGGUACGGCUGUCCUCGUCACCCCUGUCCCUGGAGUCGGUGAUAAUUUCAUCUCUUCACAAAGCUCUGUGCAUCUAAUUGCCCCUUCUGUCUUUGCAGAGUCUGGCCAGGUUCAAGGGAAGAUUAUUUUUCAAGCAAGAUAUUUAUCCAACUGAAGACAAUGUCCGUCACAUACAUGUAAUUGCCUUGGUGGCACUUCCCGUGGAGGUACUUAGAAGAAGUGUAUUUGUAAUCAACCUUGUCAGUGCAGAAUGCCAGCUAAAACACCAAUUUAUUUGAAGACCUCAACCCCCAAGCGGGGUAAAAAGCCAAAGUUACGUGAUGUUUUAUCAAGGGAGAUGAUAAGCCCACCUCUGGGAGACUUCAGGCAUAGUGCUCACAUAGGACUGGAAGGGCAAGAAGACAUGUUUGGGGAAUUGUCCUUUUUGCAAGGAAAGUAUGAUCUACUUCCAAACUUGGGCCGGAAGUUGACUUUGCAGAGCACAGACACCAGUCUCGACCAACAGUUUCAUUCUCAUGACAGUGAUGGAAGCUUCCGGCCCUUUCUCAAAAAUGCAGUGUCUCUCCCCGUCUUCACUGGUACCCAAAGUAAGGAGAAGGCACCUCCAAAACCCCCUAGGCUCCACCUGGAUGAUGCUCCAAGCCAACGGUCUAUGUCUGUAAGCUAUGGAGAUGGACGUUUUCAUAGAGAUGAAGAAAUGUCCUUCUCCUCUAUCUCACAGGAGGAGAGCAGCAGGGUUUUGACAAGUUCAGCUUGCUCUUCUGAGGGUUCCAUUACUGGAAGCAUGUUCACCCACGAACAUGGGACAGAUGCAUCUCAAGACAAUCCAGACUGCACAGAUUCUAAGAUUGUGGACACUCCAUGUGAGUCACUGUUUGGGCUGGAGCUGGACCUUGGCCCAUCCAUCUUGGAUGAUGUCUUGAGGAUAAUGGAUGGUUAUAAAGCUUCAUGACAUUGGCAACACAUAAACGUUUUGUAAAUAGUUGUGAACAGACACUAUUUAUUAGUAAAGAAGUGCUACAAAAAGAACCAGUGACAAAAUAGUAGAGUUGGAUCAUCAUCUGCCUACGAGACCUAUGGAUAUUUGGUUUCCUAUUAUGACAACAGUAUUUCAUAUUAGCACCAAGUAUAUUACAAUAUAUUAUAGAAUGACAUUUUGCUGGCAUGAACACUUACGAAUAAUACUAUUUAUUAUACACAUUUCUUUAACAGGUUGAAGAUCUAAAGGCAAACGACACAAUAUUACAGCCCAACAAAAUGCUCAUGGCUCAUUCCCACCAUAUGCAUGUUUUGUUCUUUUAAUGCAGGAAAUGUGUCCCGAAACCAAUAAUCUAGCUUUGGCUUGGUUUACAAGAGAUGUGCUACAUUGUUAUAAAUGAGAAAAAAGCAAGAUCCAAUUUACAGUUCAAUUUAUGAAUAUUGAAUGUCCAAGAAACGUUGCACAUCUGAUAUAAACGUAAAAGCUUACCCAAUCUAAAACGUUUUUUUUAUAAUAAUCUUGUGUAAAAAGACUACUACAGCUAUAUGUUGCAAUAAUUCCAUUGGAUUUUCUUAUGUUUUUUUUUUUUUCUAUAGACAUUGAUGUCGUCAAUGCCAAUGCACUGCUAAAAGUGACAGCGGGGUAACUCUACUAUAAAUACAUGAUCAGUCCCAAUAGAGCAAUAUGAACCAUUGAAUUGCUUUAGAUAUGCAGCACUUUGUAAAAUCUGAUUACAGAUCUGAUUUUAAUGCAGGGCACUUCAGUGGACGAAUGUUAUUUGACCUCAAGCUUUGUGCAUGCUUCUAGGAAACCCAGUAAGCCAGUUACAUAAGCAGGGGGAUGAAAAUUCCAGGAAUCCCAAGUACGAACUGAACACAGUUACCAUGAUUGCAAGUAAGGUAUAUUUACAGUUUAGGAAGCUAUUGCUGGCUACAGACUGAAAUGGAAAUGUAAUUUAGUAAAAUUAAGUUAAAAAUGACUUGCAUAGUGAUGUUGUGGAUAUAUUUUCAGAUUGACAGAUUCUGUACUGCAUAUUUGUUUCCCAAUAAAAUUAAGUAGGCAAA